UGACUGACAGAUAGUAGAGAAAAUUCGGCGGGUAUUCCCGGAUACAAUAUUGGUAGAAAAAUUAAUAUUAUACUUGGUGUUGCGUGUAUUGUAGUACAUUUACAUGUUUUUUGUACACUGAAAAUAUUAUUUUAGGUUAUAUUAACCAAAUAUUUAAUUGGCAUUAUUUCGCUCAACAUUUGGUAGCUAAUAUAUUAUCAAAUUCUUUUUUUAGUGUAGUAUUGGAAUCGUCAGAGUUAUCGGCAAGUAAAUUGCAAUUUCAAGAUGCCUUGCUGCGUUGCAGUAAAUUGUAGCAACAGGUCCGAAAAAGGUUGGAAAUUAGUCAGGUUCCCGGUAAGUGAUCGGCGAGUAAAGUGGGUGCAAAAUAUACGAUGCGGAAAUAAUUGGACACCAACUGAGGCUUCGCGUUUGUAUGAAAAACAUUUUGAAAAUUCACAAUUUGAAAGACAUCGAUCCGAUGGUCUGAGAAAGUUGAAACCAAAUGCCAUCCCAACAUUAUUUGACGUACCGAAUCCGCCACCCAUGAUCGAUCCAUCUCCGCGGAAAUCACUGUAUAAAAAUCCUGAAAAAAAAAGCUGCUUUCGCCAAUUCGGAAACAGCGAGGCUUGCCAGACCUGA